AUGGCAAUCCCACUCCAUCACAAAUCACCUGCAAUUGCUUUGCUGCAGAAGAUUCAGGCUAGUGAUUUGGACACUUUUGGCAGGCAAACUCUACAGUUACCUAUAAGUGGCGAUGGACCUCUGAAUGAAAUCUAUGUGGAAAAAAAUCGAGCAGGAGCAAUGAACUACCCAGAAGGUGGCUACGAGUUUGCUGCUGCAGCUACCUUGUACAACCCAGCUGGCCUUGGUUAUGCAGCUUCCACCGACUCACAUGGCUCCGGCAACAUUGGAGGUCUUCACUCCCUCAACAGCAUGUCUCCAAGCCCGCUGGUCUUUUUACAGACCGCACCCCAGCUCUCAUCCUUCGUUGCCCAUGGACAACAGGUCCCCUAUUACGUGGAAAACGAGCAGAGCAGCUGCAGCAGUUUUGGGCUGCGAGAGGCUCCCCCUUCCACCUUUUACAGAAUUAACAAUGACAGCCGACGCCAACGAGUUAACGAUCAUCUAUCCAGCACAAGUGAGCAAAGCAGCCCAUCUGCAGGCACGUUAGAAUCAAGCAAGGAGACACGGUACUGUGCGGUGUGCAGUGAUUACGCCUCAGGCUAUCACUAUGGAGUCUGGUCGUGUGAAGGCUGCAAAGCCUUUUUCAAGAGAAGCAUUCAAGGACACAAUGACUAUAUGUGCCCCGCCACAAACCAGUGUACUAUCGACAAAAAUAGGAGGAAGAGCUGCCAAGCCUGCAGACUGCGUAAAUGCUAUGAAGUGGGCAUGAUGAAAGGUGGUAUCCGCAAGGACCGCAGGGGUGGGCGGAUGCUGAAGCACAAGCGGAGGAAAGACGAGAAGGAUCACAUCAUCAAAAGCACUGGGGUCACCAGCAGACCAAUCUCCAGCAGUGCGAGCCCAACGCAGAGGAAUGCCAAGCAGAGCUCGCUGAUGGGCAUGACUUCGGACGAGAUUCUCAGCACGCUGUUGGAGGCUGAGCCUCCCAUGGUUUACUCUGAACAUGAUCCCAGCAAGCCCUUCACUGAGGCGUCCAUGAUGACUUUGCUAACAAACCUAGCCGAUAAGGAACUGGUGCAUAUGAUCAUUUGGGCUAAGAAAGUUCCAGGAUUUGUGGAUUUAACGCUUCAUGACCAGGUGCAACUGCUGGAAUGCUGCUGGUUAGAAAUUUUGAUGAUUGGCCUUGUCUGGCGCUCCAUGGAACAUCCAGGGAAGCUCAUAUUUGCACCAGAUCUGGUUUUGGACAGGAAUGAAGGGAAAUGUGUUGAAGGGAUGGUGGAAAUAUUUGAUAUGCUCCUAGCAACAGUGUCACGAUUCCGACUACUAAAACUCCAGUGUGAGGAGUACAUUUGCCUGAAGGCCAUCAUUCUGCUGAACUCUGCUAUGUGUUCAUCUAACCCCGAUACCAUGGAGGCUCUGAACGACAGUGAGCAGAUUCAUAUCAUCUUAGACAAAAUCACUGAUGCAUUGGUUCACUUUAUCACCAGGGCAGGGCUCUCAUUGCAGCUGCAGUCUCGAAGGCUAGCCCAGCUCCUUCUACUGCUCUCCCACAUCCGGCACAUGAGUAACAAAGGAAUGGAACACCUGUACAGUAUGAAGUGUAAGAACGUGGUGCCACUGUAUGACUUGCUGCUGGAGAUGCUGGAUGCUCACAGAAUGCACACGCCAAUGGACAAGUCUCAGCCUGGAGGAAAUGGUGGAAGUCCACUGAAUAGAGGGACCAUGCCAUCCUCUUCCUCAUUGUCACUAAAGAAGACGGAUAAUUUACCACCAUUUCAAAUGCUUCACACAAACAUUACCGCAAGAGACAUGAAUAUGAACGCUCGCCAGGACUAUAGGACUGAUACCAAACAAUCUGUAAUGCUUGGCCAUUUAAGAAAUCCUUGGCGACAAAAUGAGUUGACCCUUCACCUCUGGGACCUGAGGUCAAAUCCACUGUUGACUGUUUGGAUGGAAGACUGGGAUGAAAGGGGUGGAGAUGAACUUCGCCCAGCACACAUCUGUCUCCAAUAG